AUGUUUUCUUUGGUGGAGGUGUUCUUGCCAUUUCUGUCAAUCAUGGAAAAGUCGAAGCGCAAUACAUGCCUUCCAGCUCAUCUAUGGAAUAGCAAUAACCGACCGGAUGUGAAACCUAGUGGUGUGGAUUCGCUUGACAAGCCCAGUGGAGAGGAUGCAAAUCAAAAUAGCCAUUCUGCUCGAAUCCAUGUGCCCCUCCAUGUACUACCCACUACCAACGCGACUGAUUUACAGGAGCAUUAUAAUGGUCCAGUUAGUCCACAACAGACGGGUUGCAAAUUUAUACAAGAUGGGAAACCAUCUCGGAAAUAUCUCAUAUCUUGGAAGAUCGACCAAGCCGGACCUGGGUGGAUUGGCCUUGAAAAUUCUCCAGGAUACCCGGCAGAAGUAUUGAUAAAGCUCAAUACCAUGGGCAAAAAGCAUUAUGGGCAGUCAAAUCUACGAGCAGCUACACAUCCAAAUAUCGUUGACCUGCUGGAGGCCUUCUACCAUGGAAAUACACUCUUCCUUGCUUACCGAUACCACGGACUCGCCGUGACAUUAUCUCUUGUUCGUUCGAGUCCUCAUGUUUAUCUUAGUGACGUCGAUUUCGCCACAAUUUGCAGGAGUGUCCUUAGAGGCCUCCAAUAUGUACACGACACCCUUCGGAUUAGCCAUGGCGCGAUUUCGAGCAAAAGCGUCUUGCUUUUCCAUGAUGGAGAGGUGCGGAUAACAAAUAUUGGCUGCAGCAUGCUUGAAGGAGUAACACUCAGAGAGAGGGAGACCGAUCGGGACAGCGUAGCAACUCUGUUAGUUAAUCUCUGCGACCCACGGACGAUCCUUGAAGAAGGAGAAAGGUACUUGCAGGAUCCGGCCAAUAUAUCCGCAUACGGCAAAGACUUUAUUCGUGAACUAAAAACGGCUCCAUACUCUAUAUUAUUUCAGCAUGAAUUCUUGCAACAGGCACCACCUGGGGACAGGUCCUGGAAUCUCAAACCUCAUUAUCUGGACGCGAUUCGAUAUGGGAGGGUUCUUCCAGAUCGUAUCAACAAGGAUGAGAUGAAUCUUUUUGAAUGA